CUAUAAAUAGGAGGGAUGAAGCCAGCAGAGAUCAGAUUCUCUCUACAGAGACCUCUACAGCACAGAGAUCCAGACAUGGCACCUACAAUCACUGCAGCAAUGACCAAUUCUCAGGAGCAUCUGACUCUGACCCACAAGCUCAGAAAGCCUCUGGUGGAGAAGUUACGCAGAGAGCGAAUCAACAGUAGCAUUGAGCAGCUCAAGUCUCUCCUGAGUCCAGAGUUCCUCAAACAGCAGCCAGACUCCAAGCUGGAGAAAGCAGACAUCCUGGAGAUGACAGUUUGUGUCCUGAGACGGCUGCAGCAGCAGAAUCAUCAGCAGAGAAGACUGCUGAACCACAUCAACAAGCUGCAGUCUUCCUCUGAUAACAACCUGAGAGAGGCUGACUUCUCUCUUCUGAGCUCCACAGUCCAGACCAGCAUCACCAAAGAGAAGAGUCCGGUCAACAGCGCCGUCUGGAGGCCGUGGUAGACACCUCCAGACUGGAGUUACUACCAGACAAACUGAGAUGACCACAUUGGUCAAAGAUUACUGGACUGAAGUCUUUAAAAUGUUAUGUCUUUCAAGUUAAGAAAGAGAUCAUCUGGUCAUGCAUGUUGCAUGAAGCAAAUCUGAUUGCAUCAGCAAUUAUUUUUAUUAUUAUACCUCACUCUACAUCAUGUAAUGUUGGUAUCAGCUAUGGUAACAUCUUUUAUCUUUUGAUUAUUAUUGAUCAUUUUGAUCAGAUACUUUAACUGUCCUUUUUAUGGACAUAUUGUCACCAUGGAUUUACCUCACUUUAAUCUCUCCGAUUACUCAGAACUGAUCUGUUGUUAGAUCCAAAUGUUUAUCUUUUUUUUUAAAGAUUUGCUAAUUAAUGUCACAAUUUUCCUGUGAUACUUUGUAUUGGUCAUAGAUUAGAUUAGAUCUAUUUAGAUGACAUUUCCUGAGGAAAUGACAAUACCAAUAUCUAUCAUUUUAAGAAAGAGAACAUUUGGUCAUGCAUGUUGCAUGACAAACAUUAUCAUAAUACCUUACUGUACUUCAUAUACUAUGGCUAUAAGCUAUGGUAACAUAUGGUAUGUUUUGAUUGUUAUUGAUCAUUUUGAUCAGACACUUUAAAUGUCCUUUUUAUGGAUUCUUUGUCAUGAUGUAAUUUAAUCUGUGAUUACUCAAAAUAUAAUAUUACACUGUCACAAUUUCUCAGCCACAGUCAUGUUUUCUUUGAUCAACAUUCAUGUAUUUUGCAGUUAUUCACCUGCUUUCAUCACAAUGUGAUAAUAACAAUCUGAUCUGUUUUACGGUCAGUUUUUACGGUUUUGCAAGUGAUUGUUUUAGUUUGAAACUUAUAUUGAUGAGCAGUAUGUAGUCUCAUCUCCGAUGUGUUUGUCUUUUAUAAAGACAGCUGUUUCUGUACUGAGUACAUUGUGUCUUGAAGUCCGUGGUGUCAAUCUA